AUGGCGGUACAGGAGCUCGGCGUUAUUCUGCAGGACAAUCCAGGGCUGGAAAAAUUAUGUUCAUGUUCACAUUCCGUUUUGAAGUUCCGGUUUGCAUUUGACGGGUUUGUUGGGGUGGGAUUCGUUAUGAUCACGAGGACCUUGAAAGUUUGGACUAUUUGUUCACGGUCCAUUGCUGAUGGCUGCUCGGCAGGCAUAGGACAGUAUCUCCUGAUGGGAAUACCAUACCCAUAG